UUUUUCCAUAAAUAUUGUUUUCAAGACAAAAUCUAAUCUAUAAAUUUAUCUAUAAAACUUUUGAAAAAAAUAGCAAAAAAAAAUUAAAUGAAAUUUCUAAAAAUUUAGAAAAUAAUUAAAAAAUUAUAAACACAAAAAUAAAAAUAUUUAAUUUUUCUAAAUUAAUAUUAGAAAUGAAAUAUUUAAAGCUAAACCCAAUGUAAAAUAAAAAAUCACUAUUUAAAAAAAAUAAAAUUCAAAAAUCCCAAUAUUCAUUAGAAUAACUGAUGGGUAGAGGAAGUCGCCCAGAAAGAGGCGGCGAUGGCACAGCCGGUUAAGAGGCAAGCAGCAGGACAAGCAGCAGGAAAUGAUGAGAUUAAGGAGGAACAGGUUUUGGGUUUAAUUGUGAAAAGUUAUUAUAGUGAUGAUAAUAAAUGCAAGGCAAACCUCAAACAAUAUUGUGAGGAAUUGAAGAAAAUAGAUGGAAAAUUGGAGAGUGUGGAUGUCAAAGUUAAGGGACUUUGUGAAAAUGGAAAAGAAGGAGAAAAAUGCAAAGAAUUAAAGAAAAAACUUGAAACUGAAUUGGGUGCUUUUAAAACAGAAGUUGAAAAUGCAUUGAAUAACCUAACAGAUGAAAAAUGUAGAAAAUAUGAAGAAAAAUGUCUAUUAUUAGAAGAAGCAGAUCCAAAUAAUCUUGAAGAGAAGUGCGUUAAGUUGAGAGAUAGAUGUUAUCGACAGAGACGUCAAGGAGUGGCAAAAGAAAUUCUUUUAAGAGCUCUUGAAGGGAAAGUUAAUAAUAAAGAUGAAUGUAAAAAAAGAAUGAAAGAAAUUUGUCAAGGAUUAAGUGAAUAUAGUGAUGAAUUAGUGUUUUCAUGUUUUAAUUCAGAUAAAACAUGUGAAUACCUUCAAAAGAAUCAUGGAGAUAGUUGUAAGCCUUUAGAGAAGGAACUUGAAGAUAAAGAAUUAGUGGAAAAAUGUCAAGAAUAUCUUGAAAAGUGUUAUUUUUAUGGAUCAAGUUGUAAGGAUACAAAAUGUGAUAAAGUCAAGAAUAAAUGUAAGGGAAAAGGGAUUGAAUAUGAAGGACCAAAAUUAGAUUUUAGUCCGGUUAGAGAAAAACCAAGAUUUCCAGAAAAGAUUGAAGUGGAAAAUCUUUAUAAAAAAGAAGAAGCUAAGGGAAUUAUUGUUGGAAAACCAAAAUAUAAGACGUUGCGAGAUUUAGCAUUAUUGUUGAUCAAAGAAAGGAAUGGAAAAGAUGAGGGAGAAAAAUGCAAAAAAGCGUUAGAAGAUUGUGAAUCUUUUAAACACCUAGAUUAUGGAUUAGAAGAAUUAUGUGGAGAUAAAGAUAAAGACAAUAAAUGCAAAGAAUUAGUAGAAGUAGAAGAUAGAUGUACGAAUUUUAAAUUAGAACUUUACAUAAAAGGAUUGUCUACGAAAUUUGAAGAUAUAGAAUCAGAUUAUUUUUCAUGGGGACAGGUAUCAAAAUCGGUUAGUAGGGAAGAUUGUAUAAAGUUUGAAUCGGAAUGUUUCCAUUUAGAAGGUGUAUGUACGAAUAAAAUUGGAAAAGCAUGUGAAAAUGUAAGAGUAGCAUGCUAUAAAAAGGGACAAGAUAGGGUGUUGAAUAGAUACUUUCAAGAAGGAUUGAAAGGGCUUAUUGGUGAUUUAGAAUUGGUUACUGAGAAUCUUGAAAAAUGUCAAAAAUCGGUAGUAGGUAAUUAUACAAAACUUAAGGAGGAUAGAAGAUACUUUACAAAGUGUCAUCGACCGACUGAACUAUGUUAUGAACUUUUAGAUGAUGUAAUUCUUCAAUCGGAAGAAUUAGAAGUAGUUUUAAAUUUGAGAAGAGAUUUUCCAAGAAAGGAAGAUUGUGUAGAAUUGAAGAAGAAGUGCAAAGAUCUUGAAAGUGAUUCAUAUUUGAAUCAUGAGAAAUGUAAUACACUGAAUAGACGAUGUGAAUAUUUAAAAGUUACAGAAGAAUUGAGAAAAAGAUUAUUAAAAAGAGGAGAUGAUGCAUUAAGAACUCAAGGAAAUUGUACGGCAGUAUUAAAGAAAGAAUGUGAGGAAUUAUCUAGAAGAGGAAAAGAAGAUUUUAGUGUUUCAUGUGCUUUACGAGAAGAAACAUGUAGUUUUAUGGUAGAACAAACAGAAAAUGAGUGUCUUUUUUUAAAAAAUAACAUGGACAUUGGAAAAAUUAUAGAAAAAAUUGAAAAUGGAAAAAGAAAUGAAACAUUGGUUGAAGAACUCUGCACGUUGUUUGAUCCAUAUUGUCAUCAAUAUAUAGAAAAUUGUCCAGAUAGGUUGAAAAAAACAAACAAUGCGGGUAGAAAAGGAGUCUGUUUAGAACUAGAAGAGAAAUGCAAGCCAUUCUUUGAAAAGUUAAAAUUGGAGAAUGAGUUGACGCAUAAAUUGAAAGGUAGUUUAAGCGAUGAAACUAAAUGUAAAGAAACAUUAGGAAAACAUUGUACUGAAUGGAAAAAAGAAGGGAAUCAAACAUUGAAUAGUCUAUGUGAAGAUGCUAAGAAAGAAGAACUUUGCAAAAAGUUGGUUAAAAAAGUAAAAGAAAAAUGUCCAACCCUAAAAAAUAAACUGGAUAAUGAGAAAGAUGAAUUAGAGAAGAAGAAAGAUGAAUACGAAAAGGCGAAACAGGAAUCAGAAAAAUUUGCGAAGGAAGCUAAGUUAGUAUUAUCAAGACCUGAACAAGAUGGACAAGGUGGAGGAUCAAAGGCUCAAGAUGGCAGUGUUCCUAAACCAGUGGGACCACCGGUACAGCCACCAGCACCAGCACAACCAACACCAGGAGGCGUACCAGUACCAGCACCAACACUAGCACCGCCAGCACAACCAACAUCAGGAGGGGCACCACUACCAGUACCACCAGCAGCACCAGGAGGAACACCAGGAGGGGCACCUGUACCAGUACCACCACCAGCACCAGGAACACCACCAGCAGGGCCAGCAGGGCCAUCAGGGCCAUCAGGAGGAACACCAGCAGGGCCACCAGCACCAGGAGGAUCAACACCAAGUGGAACGACAAACACGAGUAAUGUUAUACUUGUUCGGAGAACAUUUGUAAGUGGAGAAGUAUCAGAACCAGAAAAGAAGGCAUUUGUUGCAACGGCGAGAGCAUUGGAAUUGUAUUUAGAAUUGAAAGAGAAAUGUAAAGGUUUACAAGGAGACUGCGGGUUUAGAAAGGAUUGUCCAGGGUGUGAAGCGGCCUGUAAAGAAAUAGACAAGUUGUGUGAAGGAAUAGAAGGAUUAAAAGUUACACCGCAUCAUACGGUGAUAUCAACGGCGACACAGACAACGACGACGACAGCAACGACAACGACGACGACGACAACAACAACGACGACGACGACGACGACGACAACGACGGCAACGACGACAGAGUCGGUAGAUGGAGGGAAGGUAACGGAAGAAUGUACAUUAGUUCAGACGACAGAUACAUGGGUGACGAGUACAUCGUUGCAUACGAGUACGUUGACAAGUACAUCUACAGUGACAUCAACGGUGACAUUGACGUCGAUGCGAAAAUGCAAACCUACGAGAUGUACGAGUGAUUCAAGUAAAGAAACAGAAACACAAAAAGAGGAAGAGAAAGAGGAAGAAGUGAAACCGAAUGAAGGAAUGAAAAUAAGAGUUCCGGAAAUGAUAAAAAUCAUGUUGUUGGGAGUGAUUGUUAUGGGAAUGUUGUAA